AUGGAAUCUGAGGAAGGCGGUGACGGUGUGAAUUAUAGUGGGAAUUUUGUCACCGAUACGUUUUUUCCUACAUUUGACGAUGCAGUUACAUGGGCUGAUGGUGUUUCCAUAAAAUUGGGAUUUAUAUUUGCGAUCACCGAAAGUUGGAAGAUCAUUGCGAAAAAUGAUCACACCGGGACACAUAACCACCCAAUGAUUGUGUACCUAGAGGGUCACCGUAAAGUGAGCGGAUUGAGUCCAGGUGCAAAACAGGUUGUGCGGGACAUGACAAAGUCCAAGGUUUCUCCCCGUAACAUCAUGUCCACUAUUGCCAAGCAAUUUCCUGAUGAUCAUCCAAACAUCCGACACAUUUACAAUUGCCGAAAUGACUUCAGGAUGGAGAUGUCCGAAGGAAGAGGAGUUGUUCAGCAAUUUCUUCAUCUGGCGAGAGAGAGUAAAUACAUUUACUGGGUCACGAAUGAUGAUCACAGCGUUUUGCAACAUGCAUUUAUGGUGCACCCGAUCAUGGUCAACAUACUCCGCACAUACCCACAUGUCAUAGGUAUGGAUUCUACUUACCAAGACCAAUCGAUAUAA